AUGGCGGAAAACAAAGGCGGCGGCGAGGCUGAGAGCGGCGGCGGGGGCAGCGGUAGCGCGCCGGUAACUGCCGGGGCCGCCGGGCCCGCGGCGCAGGAGGCGGAGCCGCCUCUCGCCGCGGUGCUGGUGGAGGAGGAGGAGGAGGAAGGCGGCAGGGCCGGCGGGGAGAGCAGCGCGGCCGGGCCCGACGACGGGGGGGUGGCCGCGGCCUCCUCGGGCUCGGCCCCGGCUUCUUCAGCUCCUGCAGCCUCAGUGGGCCCUGGAGUUCCCGGGGGGGCGGUAUCGACGCCAGCCCCAGCUCCGGCCUCGGCUCCUGCUCCGGGUCCCUCGGCGGGGCCGCCUCCUGGACCGCCAGCCUCGCUCCUGGACACCUGCGCCGUGUGUCAGCAGAGCCUGCAGAGCCGGCGUGAGGCGGAGCCCAAGCUGUUGCCCUGUCUUCACUCCUUCUGCCUGCGCUGCCUGCCUGAGCCCGAGCGCCAACUCAACGUGCCCAUCCCGGGGGGCAGCAACGGCGACAUCCAGCAAGUUGGUGUAAUUCGGUGCCCAGUAUGCCGCCAAGAAUGCAGACAGAUAGACCUCGUGGACAAUUAUUUUGUGAAAGAUACAUCUGAAACUCCUAGCAGUUCUGAUGAGAAAUCAGAACAGGUAUGUACUAGUUGUGAAGACAAUGCAAGUGCAGUUGGCUUUUGUGUAGAGUGUGGAGAAUGGCUAUGUAAGACGUGUAUUGAAGCACAUCAAAGAGUAAAAUUCACUAAAGAUCACUUGAUCAGAAAGAAAGAAGAUGUCUCAGAGUCUGUUGGAGCAUCUGGUCAGCGUCCUGUUUUCUGCCCUGUACACAAACAAGAACAGUUGAAACUUUUCUGUGAAACGUGUGAUAGACUGACAUGUAGAGACUGUCAGCUAUUGGAACACAAAGAACAUAGGUAUCAGUUUUUGGAAGAAGCUUUUCAAAACCAGAAAGGUGCAAUUGAGAAUCUACUAGCUAAGCUUCUUGAGAAGAAGAAUUAUGUUCAUUUUGCAGCUACUCAGGUGCAGAAUAGGAUAAAAGAAGUAAAUGAGACUAACAAACGAGUAGAACAGGAAAUUAAAGUGGCCAUUUUCACCCUUAUCAAUGAAAUUAAUAAGAAAGGAAAAUCUCUCUUACAGCAGCUAGAGAAUGUUACAAAAGAAAGACAGAUGAAGUUACUACAGCAGCAGAAUGACAUCACAGGCCUUUCCCGGCAGGUGAAGCACGUCAUGAACUUUACAAACUGGGCAAUUGCAAGUGGUAGCAGCACGGCGCUACUGUACAGCAAGCGACUGAUUACUUUUCAAUUGCGCCAUAUUUUGAAAGCGCGGUGUGAUCCUGUCCCUGCUGCUAAUGGAGCAAUACGUUUCCAUUGUGAUCCUACCUUUUGGGCAAAGAAUGUAGUCAAUUUAGGUAAUCUAGUAAUAGAGAGUAAACCAGCUCCUGGUUAUACUCCUAAUGUUGUAGUUGGGCAAGUUCCUCCAGGGACAAACCACAUUAGUAAAACCCCUGGACAGAUUAAUUUAGCACAGCUUCGGCUUCAACAUAUGCAACAGCAAGUGUAUGCACAGAAACAUCAGCAGUUGCAACAGAUGAGGAUGCAGCAACCACCUGCACCUGUACCAACAACAACAACAACAACACAGCAGCACUCCAGACAAGCGGCCCCUCAGAUGUUACAACAACAGCCUCCAAGAUUGAUCAGUGUGCAAGCAAUGCAAAGAGGCAACAUGAACUGUGGAGCUUUCCAAGCCCAUCAGAUGAGAUUGGCACAGAAUGCUGCCCGAAUACCAGGGAUACCCAGGCACAGCGGCCCUCAGUAUUCCAUGAUGCAGCCACACCUCCAAAGACAACAUUCAAACCCAGGGCAUGCCGGACCCUUUCCUGUUGUGUCAGUACAUAACAACCCAGUCAAUCCAACCAGCCCAACUACAGCUACUAUGGCGAACGCAAAUCGAGGCCCCACCAGCCCAUCUGUUACAGCAAUAGAACUAAUUCCCUCAGUUACCAAUCCAGAAAACCUUCCAUCGCUGCCAGAUAUUCCACCUAUACAGUUGGAAGAUGCUGGUUCAAGUAGUUUAGAUAAUCUACUAAGUAGAUACAUCUCAGGCAGUCACCUACCCCCACAGCCCACAAGCACCAUGAAUCCCUCCCCAGGACCCUCUGCCCUAUCUCCAGGAUCAUCAGGUUUAUCCAAUUCUCACACACCUGUGAGACCCCCUAGUACUUCUAGUACUGGUAGUCGAGGCAGCUGUGGGUCAUCAGGAAGAACUGCUGAGAAGACCAGUCUUAGUUUUAAGUCUGAUCAAGUGAAGGUCAAGCAAGAACCUGGCACUGAGGAUGAAAUAUGUAGCUUUUCAGGAGCUGUGAAACAGGAAAAGACUGAGGAUGGCAGACGGAGUGCCUGCAUGUUGAGCAGUCCUGAGAGUAGCUUGACACCACCUCUUUCAACCAACCUGCAUCUAGAGAGUGAGUUGGAUGCAUUAACAAGCCUGGAAAACCAUGUGAAAACUGAACCUGCAGAUAUGAAUGAAAGCUGCAAACAGUCAGGGCUCAACAGCCUUGUUAAUGGAAAGUCCCCAGUUCGAAGCCUCAUGCACAGGUCAGCACGGAUUGGAGGAGAUGGCAGCAGCAAAGAUGAUGACCCAAAUGAAGAUUGGUGUGCUGUCUGCCAAAAUGGAGGGGAUCUCUUGUGCUGUGAAAAAUGUCCAAAAGUCUUUCAUCUAACUUGUCAUGUUCCAACACUUCUUAGCUUUCCAAGUGGGGACUGGAUAUGCACAUUUUGCAGAGAUAUUGGAAAGCCAGAAGUUGAAUAUGAUUGUGAUAAUUUGCAACAUAGUAAGAAGGGGAAAACUGCACAGGGCUUAAGCCCCGUGGACCAAAGGAAAUGUGAACGUCUUCUGCUUUACCUCUAUUGCCAUGAAUUAAGUAUUGAAUUCCAGGAGCCAGUUCCUGCUUCGAUACCAAACUACUAUAAAAUUAUAAAGAAACCAAUGGAUUUAUCCACCGUGAAAAAGAAGCUUCAGAAAAAACAUUCCCAGCACUACCAAAUCCCAGAUGAUUUUGUGGCUGAUGUUCGUUUGAUCUUCAAGAACUGUGAAAGGUUUAAUGAAAUGAUGAAAGUUGUUCAAGUUUAUGCAGAAACACAAGAGAUUAAUUUGAAGGCUGAUUCAGAAGUAGCUCAGGCAGGGAAAGCAGUUGCAUUGUACUUUGAAGAUAAACUCACAGAGAUCUACUCAGACAGGACCUUCGCACCUUUGCCAGAGUUUGAGCAGGAAGAGGAUGAUGGUGAGGUAACUGAGGACUCUGAUGAAGACUUUAUUCAGCCCCGCAGAAAACGCCUAAAGUCAGAUGAGAGACCAGUACAUAUAAAGUAA